AUGUCCAGCAUAUCGACGCAGAGUCGCAGUCGCAGCACACACUGAAUUCUCUUUAGCUAGCUAAGAGAGGGUAGCCACACCAAGACAGGAUGCAGACAGCGAAGGUGAAGGCGAAGGACAUGGUGAGCUCGGCGAAGGAGAAGGUGAAGGAGGGGUCGGCAAAGAUGCAGGGCAAGACGGGCGAGGCGACGGCGGCCACGCACGGCGAGAAGGAGAUGGCCAAGGAGGCGGCCCGCGCCAAGAAGGACCAGGCCAACGCCGACAAGCACCAGGAGAAGGCCGACCACCGAGCGGACGCCGCCACUGGCCACCACGGCACGCGCGUGCCCCUCACCGGCCCGCACGGCCACCACGGCGCUGGCGCGGCCGUCGACCCCGCGUACCCGUCCUCCGGCAACACGUACCCGGCGUCGGGCAAGUACAUCUAGGUGACUGCGUCGGAUGAGCGAGGCCAGGGUCGUGGUCGCACUUGCGUUUUUGUGUACGUAGCGACCGAGAAGAUCGAUCCUGGCUGUACGCCUGCAGUACCGGUACCGACUGGUUAGUUGUAGAGGGUAUGCGGUGCGCACGUGCACGUGCGCGCAAGUCGUCUGGAAUAAAAAUGCUCUAGUUGCUGUUAGGUUGCUUA